GAGUUAUGUCGUGUUCUGUGUUCUAUCGUAACCAAUCAGAUUGUCCGGACAACAAAGAAGGGGACAGUCCCCACAUUUUAGCGACUUUUAGAGCGAUGCAACACCAGUUUCUUGAAACAGUGACAGCAAGAUUGACUGUUGCUCAGAUCGUUGAAAGUAUUCGUGGCAAUGCUGGUUUGACUUUUAACUUUAUCAUGUUCAUUAGCCUAGCCAGUAUCAUGGCUUCCAUUGGAUUAGCAGAAGAAAGUUCAACUAUCAUUUUGGCGAGCUCUUUGAUAUCACCUUUUAUGAAACCACUUUUGGCUGCUACGUUUGGGAUGUGGAUAGAAGAUACUCAUCUUAGAAAUAUGGGGAUUAUCAAUGAAUGCAUUGCACUGAGUACAUGUGUGUUUUGGGGGUUCCUAUUUGGCCUUAUCUCUGGAAACUUUGCUGACAAGUGGGCGACUGAAGGAUGGCCGACAGAAGCAAUGACUUCCAAAAGUGAAUGGAGAAGUCUUUGGGUUGGUCUGUUGACUGCCUUGCCAACUGGAGCUGGAGUUGCUUUGUCCCUGUUAGCUGGCCAUUCUCGUGGUCUAGUAGGCGUGGCAAUUGCUGCUGCACUGUUGGGACCAAGUGUUAAUGCUGUAAGUUAUAGUAUUGCGAUAAUUUAUCUACGUAAGCUAUUUAAUG